CUCGCCUUGUCCCUGACCCACGCUUUAGCCUCAAUUUUUCCAACCCUAUUUCGCUCCCCUCCCCCUUGUCAUCCUCGGAAUCGCCACUUCGUAGGACUCUUGGUGACCCCCCGACCAGCUUGUUCCUUACAACGGCCAGUCCUCGCGAUCUCCGCCUGUCUCGCGUGUGAAAUCCAAUCCCGCCGCCGCUUAACCCCCCACCAACAACUGGCCUCCGCGCUGGUGUCUUUCCCCUUUUCUUCGCCUCCUCGCAACCCCCCGGGGCACGACGUUCUUGCGAUUUCCCCAGAUCCAAGAUCUACGUCUUCCCUAUCACUUAAGUCACCAUGGAUCGCACUAUCGCGCGUGCGGUGACGGAUAAAAAGCCGGUCCCGGAGAUCGACUUUACGUUACAUGUUAUGGAAGAUGGCACUCAGGUGUCGACCAUGGAGCGAGUAAUUAAAGAGGUGCAAGCGCCGGCGUUGAACACCCCGCCGGACGACCUGUUCUGGUCUCGUGAAGACCCUUCUAAGCCCAACCUGCAGUUCCUCAAGCAGCACUUCUACCGCGAAGGUCGUCUCACUGAAGAUCAGGCGCUAUGGAUCAUACAGGCUGGUACUCAGCUCCUCAGGGCUGAACCCAACCUGCUGGAGAUGGAUGCGCCCAUCACCGUGUGCGGUGAUGUUCACGGACAAUAUUACGACUUAAUGAAGCUCUUUGAGGUCGGCGGAGAUCCUUCCGAGACGCGCUAUCUCUUCCUCGGUGACUAUGUGGAUAGAGGUUACUUCAGUAUUGAGUGUGUCCUGUAUCUCUGGGCUCUCAAGAUCUGGUAUCCGAAUACGCUCUGGCUCCUGCGGGGUAAUCAUGAAUGUCGGCAUUUGACGGACUACUUCACUUUCAAGCUCGAGUGCAAACACAAAUACAGCGAGCGCAUUUACGAGGCAUGCAUCGAAUCGUUUUGCUCCUUGCCGCUGGCGGCGGUCAUGAACAAGCAGUUCCUCUGUAUCCACGGAGGUCUCAGUCCCGAGCUGCACACUCUGGAAGAUAUUAAGGCGAUUGAUCGUUUUAGGGAGCCCCCGACUCAUGGCUUGAUGUGCGACAUCCUCUGGGCCGAUCCUCUGGAAGACUUCGGGCAGGAGAAGACCGGUGACUACUUCAUCCACAACAGCGUCCGUGGAUGCUCGUAUUUCUUCUCAUACCCCGCGGCGUGCGCUUUCCUCGAAAAGAACAACCUUCUCUCCAUCAUUCGGGCGCACGAGGCACAGGAUGCCGGUUACCGCAUGUACCGCAAGACACGUACGACCGGUUUCCCCAGUGUCAUGACCAUCUUCAGUGCUCCCAACUACCUGGAUGUCUACAACAACAAGGCCGCCGUCCUGAAAUACGAGAACAACGUCAUGAAUAUCCGACAGUUCAACUGCACCCCUCACCCGUACUGGCUCCCCAACUUCAUGGACGUCUUCACCUGGUCGCUUCCCUUUGUCGGUGAGAAGAUUACGGACAUGCUUAUUGCCAUUCUCAACACCUGCUCCAAGGAGGAACUUGAAGAUGAUACCCCCACGUCGGUCUCGCCCACCGCUGCACCCCCCUCUCCUCCUGCGGCGAUGGAUAUCGAAAGCAGCGAGUUCAAGCGACGUGCGAUCAAGAACAAGAUUCUUGCCAUUGGCCGUCUGUCGCGUGUAUUCCAGGUGUUGCGUGAAGAGUCCGAGCGGGUCACCGAACUCAAGACCGCUGCUGGAGGUCGUCUCCCAGCGGGUACUCUGAUGCUGGGAGCGGAGGGUAUCAAGCAGGCCAUUACCAACUUUGAAGAUGCUCGCAAGGUCGAUCUGCAAAACGAACGUCUGCCCCCGUCGCAGGAGGAGGUCAUCCGGCGCAGCGAAGAAGACAGACGCAUUGCCUUUGAGCGGGCGCAUCAUGAGGCAGAGAACGACGCCGGGCUGGCGACUGUGGCCAGGCGGAUUAGCAUGUCGGCGGGAUCGGGCAAGACUCGGCGACAAAGGGAUGCUACUCGGGAUUCUCGAGAAGCAUGAGCGAUUAGGAAGUAACUGGGUGUUCCAUCUGAACCAGCAUCUUUCGAAGCGGCAUGCAGAGGUACUGCAAUUCGGGGUAUGAACUACUCCGUGUAUGGGUGAAUUAUAUACUGUCACCUCAAAAACGCCAACGUGGUGACAGUUGCAAUUCAGUAGCUCCUAUACUUUGUCGCGAAAGAUUACUGUAUUGCAUAAUGGAGAGGUGGACGGGGGGCUUUGUGUAAUUCCUGCACAGCAAUCGAGCGUCCGUGACGACUCGACCAUGAGUUGAUGAAUCGAUACACCAUGAAUUGAGCUGUUCGUAUUGUACAGGCUAGUUUAUUAAAAUAGUCAAUUGAUU